AUGUUACAUACAAUUUCAUGGAAUAACGCUCUACCGAAAUACAAUAUAACAUAUCAGCAAUGCCAAUGUCUUGCUUUGACUGAAUCUGUUAUUGGAUGGAAUCAUAUAUCAACACAUGAAACAUGUCACAUGAUUCACAACUAUUCUGAAAACGAUGUUGGAUUGAUAGAUUCUACAUAUGUAAAUUAUGCUUUUCAAAAAUUUCUGUCAAAACCAUCUGUCUUAACAACUGAACUGACGAUAGUUGGUAAACUCAAUCUUACUUCGUCAGCUUUGCUUAUUAGAAAGUUUCUGCUUGAUCAACAGCGAUCUCAGACUGACGAGUUUGUUUAUAAGAAGAGAAAAAAAAACCUAACAACAGAAGUAUAUAAAUAUGUGCCACUGUUGCUAUUUGUGUUGGGUUUUCACGAGAAAAUAACGCAUGCAAAUAGAAGAUCACCUACAUGA